AAAAUAAACAAAUAAAAAGGCGAAUGGAAAUGAAGCCCCCAUUACUCAUGUUUCAAGAAUAGCACGAUCACGUUGCGGUAAACGUGAAAGUCGAUUCGAAAUCUCAACAGACCUAAGAAGCACAUACGUAUAACAAUAACCUUUUCUGUUGGAAGUAUUUUCAUUUGUUGAACAUGAGAAUUUAUUCUUUGAUAUUGGGAUUAUACUUUACGCUGCUACCAUUUGUGCAAUGUGACACUCCUCCCAAAAGCUACACUUCCUAUCGACCAUACCCAUUUUGUAACCCGUCCGACUAUAUGCGAUAUCCAUCGAAUUCGGAAGAUGUUGUGGCAAUCAUCAAUGAAGCCAUAGAACGAAAAGUUACAGUCAAAGCUCUCGGAGCUCGCCACUCACAGUCAGAUAUUAUUUGUACCGAAGGGAUACCAGUCGAUAUGAAUAAAUUCAAGUCUUGCCGAAUGAAUGACGAUGGCAUCACUGCAACAUUCGGUGCAGGUGUGACAUUGCAAGAGGCUGGCGCAUUUCUUUUACAGCAUGGACGAGCUUUAAGGACGACACCAGCUUAUGGUAAAAUUACGCUGGGCGGUGCGAUCGGUACAUCUGCUCAUGGAUCGAGCAUAAAGUACAAUUCUUCAUUAUCUGCUCAAGUUGUCAGUUUAACAGUUGUCAAUGGUCUCGCACAGACAUUAGAGAUUUCUGAUCCAGAUGACUUGAAAUCGUUCGGAGCGCAUCUUGGACUGCUUGGAAUCAUUGUGGAUGUGACAAUGUACACUGUUCCUUUGUAUAAAGUCUUGGCUCACAACUAUGUUAUGCCCGAUACUAUUCUGACCGAUGGUACUGCACAAAAUUGGGCCCAAACAUCCGAUCAAAUAACGUAUUAUUGGUUCCCUGCGUGCAAUGAAGUUGUUGUAGUCAACUUGACUUUUGUACCAGUCGACACACCCGGUACAGCGAUCUCAUAUCUCGUGCCAUCUUCUUAUGGCUUCUUCAAUUUGAUUAUUGCAAGAGCCAAGGAAAUGCUUUACGACCUGACCGUAAGUGAAUGUGCUGCAGCUUCAACCCUUGGAAACAAUGUGUUGCCUGUAUUCGAAUUAAUAUCGCUAGCACAUGUGGUCUCUCAGACCCCGGGUCUCACACCUUUUUAUAGUGAAAAUGGCAUUUUCGUUAACAAUCCGGCUGUUGGCUAUCCCAGUGAUAUGUUGGCGGCAGUAUGCAGUGAAGAAAAUGCAGGUCUCUUAGGCAAAGCGUGUCUAUGGGCUCACGGUGACCUCAAAUCGAAUAUGACCGGUCUUGAUAACGAGAUUGGCAUUCCUCUCACAAAUUUAGAAGAUCUUGUGUUAACCGUAAAAGACAUUCAGGCGAAAACGCCGCUUGUAUUUCCCAUAGACGGACUUGUUAUGAGAUUUUCCGGCAAAUCUGAAAUUUACAUGUCCACUGCUCACCAAAGAGACACAAUUCACGUAGAAUUCGUGUUGGUACAACGAACAGAUCCUUACAAUGAUGCUACAGGUGCUUUAGCUGGAUAUCAAACGCUUUUACAGGCAAUGGCAAAGAAUAUGUCAGGACGCUCUCACUGGGGCAAAAGUGGAACGGUUUAUCACAGUAAUGAAAUGCUAGACCUGAAAUUAGAUCCCCAAGCCCGGAAAAACUUUAUUGCUGCCAUGAAAAAAUUCGAUCCGAAGGGCAUUUUCCUAAACAAUUUCGGACGUCGUCUCCUGGGAACCGGUACCAGAAUCGAUGCUGAUCCAAAGACCAUUCAUUGUGCCCUACUAGACAAUUGUUUCUGUUCCGAAGAUUCUGACUGUGUUGAAAGCCAAAGCUGCACAUCACUUCCCGGAUACGAGAACUAUCCUGUUUGCAAAACCCGAAACGAAGUUCCUAUAAUAUUCGAGAAAAAUCGGUUUUCUGGUGUAAAUCUCCUUCAGUAUCUUUCUGUAACUCUGCCCACUUUAGCUGCUGAAGCUGUUACUAAGUGUUCGGUUGGCAGUGUAAUUAAAACAGUUACAAACGUUGUAGGUUCAUUGUUAUAAAAGACUUUUGUCAU